UGACUCUGAUAUUGCGUCUGGGGAAUUAACUGUAUCUGAACCAGGCUGGAGUGAUGACUCGGACUCAGACUCACCAAUGCCAUUGGACCCAAUUUCUUCAAGUGGUCCCAUAUGCUCAAGCCCCAUUAAUGAAUCAGAUCCUUAUGAACAUGCAGCACAUUGAAGGAGGAAGGGAUACAAAAAGCGGGCACACACUUUGGCAGGACAAAGGGAGGAUAAUGAAAAAUGGCUGAGGAAAAACAAGCAGGAGAUUUUAGAUGGAAUUCUGGUGACGUUGAACCAGCAGGGUUUGAACAUUUGGGAUUUUAUGGAACAUAUCUUCCAUCUGAAGAGCAGGAAAGGUAGUGUGCAGUGGCAACAAUUCUUCUCCACCCAGGCGAAUGUGACACAGCUCCUUGACUGGUGGACUUCCUCUAACAACAGCCAUACUGCGCGGAAGUACAUCAAUCAGUGGAUUCAAGGGCAUGUGGCUGUGAGGUCUUUACGCUGCCACUGCUUUUCCGAGCGGACUCCGGUCGGACUCCGUCAGACUGAGGGUAUGCAGAACAGAUAUUUUUCUGCUUUGCAACUGCAGUAUUUUUCCGAGGAUUUUCCGAUGCUUUUCCGGCCAUUUUUGGUCAGACCUUUCAGUCCAACAGACUUUUCCAGUGGACUACCAAUGGACUGA